AUGAUGAAUCUUAAUCUUUCAGCUUCAUUGAAUAUAACAAGGCUCAUAUUCAAACCAAGCCUCUGUUUACCCCAUCACACAGUAUCAACCUUCAAUGAUCUGCCAAUUCCCUUAGAAAAGGGCCUUCAACAAGAUGGCCGAAAAGUAGAGAUCAAGGCUGUCGUGCUGGACAAAGACGAUUGUUUUGCCUAUCCCGAUAGCAUUGAGGUGUACGAAUCUUACAAGACUCAUUUCGAAAAGCUAAGACUAGCAUAUCCUGGUCGCAAAUUGCUCGUGGUCUCAAAUACCGCAGGCGCAACUUCCUGGGAUAAAAACUUAAAACUCGCUGCUGAAGUUGAGAAGAACACUGGCGUUAUGGUGUUAUCACACUCGGUCAAAAAGCCAGGGUGUGGCCAGGAGAUCAUGGAGUACUUCAAGAAACAUCCCGAGACCGGAGUAACAAACCCCGGACAUGUUGCGUUUGUCGGUGAUAGACUGACGACGGAUAUGAUGCUCGCCAAUAUGACGGGAGGGUGGGGGUUCUGGGUAAAAGACGGAGUCAUACCCCUUGAGAAGAAGAGCAUCGAACGUGCGACCGUCCCUGAGUCUAAUCAUGGCUCCGUUUGA